AGAGCUCUGAGCUUUGCUCUGAGGACCUGAGGUGGAGCCAGUUCGCCUCGCCUCUCACCACCGGUCACCACUCACCUCCGCCCAUGGCGACCAUCUCUGCAGCCCUCGCCAUCUCCUUCCUCCCGUCCCCGACUCGCUUCGCCGUCCCCUCCUCGUCCUCGCGCAUCAAGAGAGCGGCGCGCUUCAGGUGCUGCGCGGAGCCUUCUUCCCAGGAGCAGGAGACCUCCGCCGCUCCUCCGACCCCGCCGCCGGAGAAACCCGAAAGAGCGUCCCCUCCGUCUCUGUUGGGCAUUUCCACGAGCACCUGGUCUGCGGGUGUCGCUGGGCUGGGGUUCCUGGAGACCGGCUACCUCACGUACCUCAAGCUCACGGGCUCCGAGGCGUUCUGCCCCAUCAGCGGCGGAGGCUGCGGCGACAUCCUCGACAGUGACUACUCCGUCGUCUUUGGGAUACCUCUUCCCUUAGUUGGUCUGGUGGCAUAUGGUUUGGUUACAGCACUUUCUCUGCAAGAAAAUGGAGCGGAUUUGCUCCCUGGAUUGGAUGACCUGGAUAUUCGAUUAACAUUGCUUCUGCUUGCUACUUCUAUGGCGACUGCGAGUGCUUAUUUUCUUUACAUCCUAAGCACUAAAUUUGUUGGGCUAUCUUGUUCAUACUGCUUGUUGUCAGCAUUUCUCUCGUUCUCUCUACUUUUCAUCAGAGUAAAGGACUUCGGUUUUAAACGCAUCCAGAAGUUCGCUGGUAUUCAGGUAGCUGUAGCUGUCAUUAUAGCUCUUGCUUUGACAAACUCGUACAGUUCGGCUACUACUCAGUUGAAAGGCACAGAUGAUUUUGUAUUAGAACCAUAUGAAACAGAGAUAACAACCGAAUCAUCCCCAUUUGCUAUUUCACUGGCUAGACAUUUGCACUCUAUAGGUGCUAAGAUGUAUGGAGCAUUCUGGUGUUCUCAUUGCAAUGAACAAAAACAGAUGUUUGGUCGUGAAGCUACAAAAAUUUUAGACUAUGUGGAAUGUUUCCCAAAUGGAGCUGGUAAAGGAAAGAAAAUGACUCAAGAAUGUCAAGCUGCUGGUCUUGAAGGUUUUCCAACAUGGUUCAUCAAUGGAAAGGUUCUGAGCGGUGAUCAGGAACUUGAAGUUCUGGCAGAAGCAUCGGGCUUCGUUGCUGAGGGUACAGAACAAUCCAAGUAAAUUGCACCGAAUUGAUAGUUGAUACUAUAACUUUCCGAACUGAAAUUGGGAGCUUCCUGAACCAAUAAUCUGGAUGGAGUCUUUAGACAUGAAUCAAUAUCCCAAAAUUGGCACUCGAGCAGUUGCAUCCGAAGGUUGCAUAGUCUACUUGACAACUAACAAUUGUAAUCUGUAGCAAUUCUACUUCCUCUCCGAGAAGAGAACAGGCCCCAAGGCAACGUGUUGUACAACCAUUUUGUAGAUCCUAGUUUGUACUGUAAAUGUGUAACCCUACGAAUACGCACGCUUGUUCAUUUGACGUAUAUGAUGCACUGCAAUGUAACGCUAUACCUGCUUGUAUGAAAUUCUAGUUCACAUAAAACAGCAGUUGGAGUA